AUAUGCGACAGCCCAAAUUAUUUGUUUUUAAAUUGUGACUAACGAUAUGUGGGAGAAUGAAAUCGAUAUUUUUGAUCACUUUUCUUAUUGCAAGACAUUUAGUGCUUCCAUACAAGUUUCCUGAGAAAUUCGAGAGAUGUCGCAGAGAUGAUUUCGAUCUAGAUACCUGCUUGAAAUUGACAAUUCAAAAUGCUUUGACACUGAUAGGUAAUAAAGGAAUAUCUUCUCUAGACUUGCCUUCCAUAGAUCCUUUAGAGGUUACAAGAGUGGAAAUAGGAGCCGGAAAUAGCGCAGUGAAGCUCGUACAAAAGUACUUUAACAUACAACUUCUAGGAUUUUCAACCAGUGUUGUGGAAAACGCUCAUUUAGAUCUGGACAAAAAGGUAUUAACCUUUGCUAUUCAUUUGCCUAAGUUAGAACAAAAGGCCAAAUAUGAGAUAGAUGGCAAAGUAAUGCUUAUGCCAAUGUUUGGAAAGGGCGACUCACUUAUUCAAUUAUCUGAACAGUUUGAGAGGUGCCACCGAAAUGAUCCCGAUUUAGACAAUUGUUUGAAAGUAACAAUUCAAAAUGCUUUGAAACUAAUAGGAAACCAAGGAAUCUCCUCUCUAAACAUGCCUUCCAUAGAUCCUUUAGAUAUUAUAAGCGUGGAAAUAGGUGCCGGAACCAGCGCAGUGAUGCUUGUACAAAAAUACUUUGAUAUACAGCUUCUAGGAUUUUCAAACUCGGUUUUGGAAAAAGCUCACUUAGAUUUGGACAAAAAAGUGUUAACAUUUACUAUGUUUAUAUCCAAGGUACAACAAAAGGCUAAAUAUGAAUUGGAUGGCAAAAUAUUACUUUUGCCUAUUUUUGGAAAAGGCGACUCUCUUCUCACAUUUGAUGAUAUGACCAUAGAGAAUACUAUUGCCUUUGAGGAGGAAACCAGAAACGACAAGUCAUUUUUCAAGAUAGAAUCGUAUAAAAUAUCUGUAAAUAUAAAGAAAGCACACUACUAUUUUGGCAACCUUUUUAAUGGUGAUAAGCAGCUAGCGGACAAUAUUCUAAAAGUUUUAAAUGACAAUUCGAAAGAGAUAUUUUACGAUAUUAAGAGUGGUUUGGACCUCUCUUACGCCGAAGUUUUCAAGCUUGUAGCCAAUCGACUAUUUAAUGACGUUCCUGUUAAUGAAAUAUUCUUAACUUAAGUAGAAAUGACUAUUAUUAAAUGUAAAGAUGUAUAAAUAAAAUGUAGUUAACACCAAAAA